AUGCCGGGCCUUGUAGCUGGCGAUCAGUAUGAUGACCUGACGGGAGCUGUUCAGCAGAUAAUACUCUCCUCAUCUGAGUCUGACUAUCUCGACCAGUUGAUUCCCUUGCUGAAGAACGCCGAGACACAGACCCAGGUCACGCCACUCAUACAUGCCCUCAACCAUGUAUCGGCAGAUCGAGAGGCGCAGAUUGAGACAAUAUGCAACUCAAAUCAUCAAGAGUUCAUCAACAGCGUCAAUCAGCUACAGUCCGUUCGAGAAGGCACUGUGAACUUGACGUCGGAGAUCAUGGAACUCAGUCGCAGCAUUCAGGCCAGCACCGAGAAAAUCGCCGAGCAGAAGAAGGCUCUUGUGGAGUCUCGAGGUGUGCGCCAGAACAUUGACGAAGCAACUCAAGCGUUGAAGGACUGUCUCGAGGUGUUGCGUCUUGCCAAUCAAGUUCAUGACCUGCUUGGCAAAAAGAACCAUUAUGCGGCUCUCCGAGCUUUGGAUGAGCUACAGAAUGUGCAUCUACGAGAGGUGACAAGAUACAAGAUUGCGGAGAUGAUCGAGCGUUCGGUGCCAGCCACACAGCGCCUGAUUGCCGAUGCAGUCAUGAUGGACCUCAACACCUGGCUGUAUAGGAUUCGAGAGACCUCACAGUUCCUUGGCGAGGUCGCUUUCUACCACACUGAGAUGCGACGUACACGGCAAAAGGAGCGUGGUGAGAAGGACGAGUAUCUUGGAUCUUUCAAACUCAACUCAGCAGUGGAGCUUGUCGCUGAUGAGCCUGAGGAGUUCGAUGUCCUCAAUAACGAAGAGGUGCAAGUCGACUUCUCUCCGUUGUUUGAAUGCCUUCACAUCCACAACGCUCUUGGCGAGACCGAGAAGUUCAGAGCCGACUACGCCGCUACACGUAGACGACAGAAGGACUUACUCAUACCGCAGGCCAUCAAUCUUUUGGACGAGGAGAGCAGCAGCCUUAGCAGCUUACUCGAGGGUGCUGCCGGGUUUGCCAUUGUGGAAAAGGCAACGAUGCAGAAGACGGAGAACUUCCGUGCUCAGAGCGACGUCGAUGAGCUGUGGGACAGUAUGUGCCAAUCGGUGGUCUCGCUGAUCAGCAGUGCUCUGCACAAUGUCGACAACGACGAGAAUCUCCUCAAGAUCAAGGGCGUGAUCGCCUUGUUCAUUCAAACCAUGGACAGCUGGGGCUACCCUGUCAGUAGUCUUGACAGCCUGCUACUCACGCUGUUCGACAAGUAUAGCUCUUUGCUGAAAAAGAGGUUCAGCGACGACUUCCAAGAGAUAGUUUCCACGGACGACUACAUGCCCAUGCCCAUCAACAACGCAGAAGAAUAUACUAAAGUUAUUUCGGUCUCGUGGUAUACACCUCCAGCUGGACAAGAACGACCCGAGGACAUCCAAUACCCUUGCGUUUUGCCCUUCAGCCAGAUGUAUCCCUUGGUGUGCAUCGACAUUCGCAACUUUUUGAACCAGAUCUACCUUUUCUCUGAUGAUCACUUCCGCCAUACGACCGUGAUCGACAAGACCUUGAAGGAGAGUCUGGAUGAGCUGCUCGUGGACAAAGUCUGCAAGAGCCUUGUUGAUCGACUUUCGUCUCAAUAUCCUGGACAGAUCGUGCAGAUCCUCACCAACCUCAAUCACUUCGAGGAUGCGUGCAAUGAUCUCGAAGACUUGCUCGUUGAAGCUCGAUCCAGCAGCAGUGCCGCAGGCCCGGUCAAGCUGAAUGCAACAAGUCAGUUCAAUGCGGCAAAGAAGCGGGCAGAAACACGCAUUUUCGAGCUCGUCAACAGCAAGAUCGACGAUCUUAUCGAGACUGCCGAGUACGACUGGCUCAGCAAUUACAUCCCGGACAGCGCCAGUCCUUACAUUCAAGAACUGACACGGUAUCUCUCCAACACCAUGAACAUGGUGCUUCUGGGCUUGCCAGAACAGAUGAAAGAGCGCAUCUACUUCGAAGCUCUCACCCACGUCGGCGAAGCCCUGCUAUCUCUCCCACUCGACCCAGGCGUCCGCCGCAUCUCACCACAAGCCGUAGCUGCCUACAGAAUCGACAUCGACGACCUCAUCAGCUACGUCGAAGCCCUCCCCGAAGCACCCGGCCUCAUCGACAGCCUCACGCCCCUCCGCCAAACCACAGACCUGAUGGGCCUAGCCGCCGAAGGCAAAGGCGAAGAAUUCUUCGACUCCUCCAAAUCUCACACCCGCUUCGGCCAAGUCGACAAGAUCAAAGGCGCCGAGCUCCUCGAGAAGGUAUUUACGGCACCACCAGAGCCGGCUCCGCGUAGAGAGCGGAUGUCGAUUCUACCGGAUUUCUCGGGCAGCAGGGAGGAUGUGAGCAAGAAGCCGAGUACGCAUUUUGGGGAUUUCAGAGAUCGGCUGGGGGGCUUCACGAAGAGAGAUCGGUCUUAG